AUGACAGGCCUCAACCCCCCACAAGACAAACUCCUCCAAAUAGCCUGCUACAUCACCGACUCCCAACUAACCCUCCUCGAACCCACCGGCUUCGAAGUCGUCAUCUCCCGUCCCCAAUCCCUCCUCUCCCAGAUGGACGACUGGUGUACCACAACCCACACCUCGACCGGUCUAAUCCCUCGAGUUCUAUCCUCAACCACCACCGUCACGGAAGCUUCAAACCAACUACUUUCUUACAUCCAAAAACACGUCCCCGAGAAAAAGACAGCGAUAAUGUGUGGGAAUAGUAUUCAUUUUGAUAAAUUGUUUUUGAGUAUUGAGAUGCCGGAGGUGGUCGAGUGGUUGAAUUAUAGAGUUGGGGAUGUUAGUAGUAUCAAGGAAUUUGCGAGGAGGUGGUGUGAUGAGGAGGUUUUGGAGGGGUUGCCGGUUAAGAAGUAUACGCAUGAAGCUAGGGAGGAUAUCUUGGAGAGUAUUGAGGAGGCGAGGUAUUAUAGGAGGGUGCUGUUCAGGGGAGGGGAUUUUAAGGUAUAA